UCAACUUAAUUCCGGUGGGACUGCGGAUUGUGGCAAUCCAGGGGGCAAAGACAGGGUUAUACCUUGCCAUGAAUAGUGAAGGAUACCUCUAUACCUCGGAGCAUUUCACUCCAGAGUGUAAGUUCAAGGAGAGUGUGUUUGAGAACUACUACGUUACAUACUCCUCCAUGCUCUAUCGCCAGACCCAGUCUGGCCGCUCCUGGUAUAUCGGUAUCAACCGUGACGGCCAGAUCAUGAAGGGCAACCGGGUAAAGAAGACCAAAGGAGCUGCACACUUCCUGCCUAAAGUUAUAGAGGUUGCGAUGUAUAAGGAGCCAUCGCUACAUGAGCUCGCCAGUGAACCAGUAAGUCCUCCUCGGAAGACAGUGAAGACGUCAGAUUCGCCGUCCCUAAAGAAUGGACGGAAAGAAGCUCCUAAGGCUGAUGCCUCAUAGCACAGGAGACUGAGGGUGGGACAAAGGGCAGCAGUGACACUGGGAACACAGUUGCCCAUUACGCACUGAGGGUGGCUGAGGGAAUGGCCCUCACUGGCCACCACAUUCUAGAAGUGCACUACAAGAUGCUGAGGGAUAAAAGAGUCAGCAGUACAUCAGCAGCCGAGAAGGCCUGAGAGAAGAGUCCCCCCCCCCCCCCCACACCUGUCACCACAGAAAGAAAGCCCAGGGCCAUAGCAAGAACUACUACCACCUCCCCCUCCCACUGUUUGCCUCUUUCUCUGCCCCCUGUGACUCCCUAACGCACAGUCUCCUUCGUUUCUCUAUCACGCUGAAGCUUCUUUGUCCCACCAACAAUUCCAUCUUUUCUCACAUGCCUACCCACCGUCUGCUUUAUUGUACUGUAUAUUCACUACGCGCGCAUUUCCAGCGCUGACUCGGCAUCAUAAUCCUCACCCGUGGGCCCCCUCUUGAGCCCUAAAGUUGGUGACAGUGUGGCUCAGCCAGCUUUUCCACCCACCAUCUGCCGACCAGCUGAGCUAAUCACCAAGGUCAACUAAAGUUCAAAGUGAGAUGAAAUGGGGCAGAGAGGGAAGAUCAGCAGGAAUCCUGGGUCAGGUCAGGUCAGCUGAGCAAGAUGAGUGUUUGAGAAGAUGUGUGGACAAAAUAACAGCUGCAUUAAAGAACUUUUUUGUGUGAAUAAUUUAGACCAAUCCUGUGAUAACAAUUGGAAUUAAUGAAUGACAUCGAAAUGAACGCGGGUAUGGAAACGAUGUAAAAGAUGAGUACGAUGAUGAUAGAGACGAUUAUAAUAGGAAGUUUAUGAAGCUCACUAGAGAGGCACUGCUUGCAUGAGUAUAAUAUGAAAAAAAAAAUAAAUAAAAAAAAUAUUCUUCCUGGGAAGGUGAGCCAUAAAAUAGUGGAGUUUUUCAACUCCUUGUGGAUAUAGUAAAAACGCCUGAGCAAUAUUUGUACCAGCAAGCCAGAAGAUAAUUCUCAGUGAAGACAAAAACAAAAAACAAGUGUGUGAAUGAGUGAGAGAGUGAACGGCACCCUCUUUCUAGCCUGUCUUCUCAACCAGGUGACCACUUUUUAUAUUGCACUAGCUUGUUAAAAGGCUACAAAUUAACAACUGGGUCGCGUUUUAAAUCCAGAGUGGAUCUGAACUCAGUCACCUGAAAAAGGAGCCGUAGUGUGUACUUCACUCAGCAUCUGCUGUCAGCAUAAAGCCAGGUUUGAAGCAAACAUCAAAGCCAGAGGAGCCUCUGAGCUGGAGCACUUGUUAUUCUGAGGAUGUCUGGCAGCUUAUCCACUCGCUAGCUUUAUCAAAUCACCUUGGAAGAAUCACCCUCAAAAAAUGUAGUUGUCUGAAUGAAAGUCUUGAUGUGAUUGUGUUUUAACCCCUGUGUGUGGAUCUUCUGCAGUAUGGAUGCACUGUAAGAGAUCUCUGUGUGAAUGAGUGCCCGUACAGAGGAUAGACAGAGAUACUGUGGGUAACCUCUACCAUGUCCUUCAGACAGGACACAACAUUGUGUCUUUGACAUGUCUGUCAAACGGUGAUACUAGGUGAACAACCGUCUUAUGUACCAUUUACCAACAAAAAAAUCAGGGAAGGGGUAAACUGGGCAAACUCAAGGGGACUGACUCAUGAUAUCAUAUAUUCCGUUUAUGUGCAAUCAACUAAUGUUUAGAUAUGCACAAGGUCUCUCAAUCAGAUUAAAUUUUAGAACAAUUAUGCAAUGACCUGAUAGAAGUUGAGGCUUCUAAAUGGGAGCUGUCAGGGCUUGUUGUCAUGUCAAUGAUGGCUGCUGUAGGGUGCUGCCUGCUCUGGUAACGCGCCGAGUGAAAAAAAUGUCACCGCAAUGUUCAGUCAAAGCGAAUGUGCAAGGAUACCACCAACAAACACAGACAGCAGUAAGUCCCUUGCUAUGUCAGAAAGAGCUACGCUGGAUGUGGAAAGCAAACUGUAAAAAAUGCUCAUUAUAUGGUCGCUAAAAAUCACAGAUAAUCUCUAGGAGGUUCAAAGCAUUGGGAUGGUGUCUAAUUUUAUGGGUAGCAUAAUGUGAAGGAGGGUUACAGAAUGUGAAACAGAGGCUUUAUGAAUGUGCUGCAUUGAGGCUGAGAGUAAGUCUGAAAUAGGGUGAUGAAUUGUAAAGAGGUCAGCGCAUGGAGGCAGUUAUUUAGAAAGAGUGAAGGAUUAGCAGGUGUAUUCUUGAGGAAUGUUGAUAAGAAAUUUCUGCAGUAAAGUAAGCAAAAUACUUGGCAGGGUUUUAUGCGGCAUGUGGAUAUGAUAAUUAUUGUAAGACAAAGAGGCAUGUAAGGCACUGCACGCUUUUUAUGACAGGGAGUCUAUGGAGGAAAUUACUUGGAGCUUUGCAUUUUUUUCAUUAAGUCUCUAAUUUUCUGGCCUUUUCCAGGGGGGACAUCAUUCACUUCACAUUUGGAUAGUUUGUCCUUGUAGCAGAUUUUGCUAAAUGAAAUCUCCAUUUUUUGUUUACUGUACAAGCCAAUGCUCCCUCUCUCUGGUGAAUUUGGCGCAGCCUAGCAUGGUGUCUAACUGUGCAUUACUACCUGCUGUAUGAUAUCAAAGUGUGUGCACAGCAGGUAGUACACAAUGCUAUGGACUUAUUAUAGCUGUCAGGACUCAUACAGUCUUAGUGUAUUCCAUCUGGGAGCUUCUUCAUGCCAGUUCACAUUUCGAAGUUGAUGGUAAGUCCCGUUCUAUAAAAGGAAAGCACUUGGAGGUGCAAAGCAGUGAGUGGCUGACAGCAAGGAACCUUGCAUGCCAAAUGAGACAUGUUCAAAUGUCUUAUUUUGUCCAACUGGCAGUCCAAACAUUCAGUUUACAUGAUAUAAAACAGAGAAAAGUCUAAUCAAAUCAACACAUUCCUGGUGCUAGAACCAGACAUAUUUUGGGACACUUUUGCUUAAAAAAUGACAAAAACGAUUAUUGAAAUAGUUGCUGAUUAAUUUUCUAUUGGCUAAUUGUUGCAGCUCUACUUUACAGUGCAUUAAAGCAGAUAGAAAGUAAGCAGAUUUAGAAUUAAACCUCACAAUGACUUUACUCAUGCCCCUUCUUAUGUUAAACAUAUAAUCCAAAGAUCCAAAUGCUCCAUAGAUUUCUUUCCCAAAAAGCGAGCAGUCCUUACUAUUGUAAUAGCGAAGAACGCCACAGCAAGUUGUCCGACGGUGAUACUGCAAGUAGACAGACAAGAACAGAGCAUGUAUAGUAGACUGAUGUUGAAUGUGACGUGAACGAGGUAGAAUGUAAGACAGGAAGAUUAAAAUACGAUGAAUGUGAAGUAAAGGAUGUCGAGAGGUUCAGAGACGAGUAAGUGCAAUGAAGGCAACAGAAGGUCAGACACUGGUCAGGAUCUUGAAUGUAAAAUUUCUGGGAAAGGAAGGUUGCGUAAAGUCGAUAGAAAAUGCUAACCGUAGAGUAGAAGAGGCAUUAAGAGGGUCUGUUGUUUGAAGAAGUCAGACAGUGUUCUGUUUUCCAUUGACGAUACAUUUAUUUUGCAAAGCUAACAGCGAGGUGGUAACAUGGAAAAUGAAAAUACCGAUAUAGUUUGUGUGCCCACGCAUGAGAGAUUUAAAGUCGUAAUCCCUUUCCUACACACAUCUCCUUAACCGCAGCCUACAGUAUCUACAGCCCAUUAACUUUCUUUUCAACACUAUGUUGCCUGUGUAGGUGUAUACUUACAGUGUGUUUAUAAGGUCUGUGUUUCUGUGUGUGUGUGUGUGUGUGUUUGUGUGUGUGUAUCUAUGAUUAAGAGUAAGGUAAGACAAGACAGAGAGGCAAGGAGAAAAAGAAAGGGCAUGAGAUUGAAACAAUGAUCGAUAGACUCAAUAAAACACAAACGAGAGAACAGCCACCCUGCGAUGGGUGCAAAAAUUUCCCCAAGGUCUGCCAGAGACAGCAAAAUCCAUUUGUUCAUAAUGAACUCAGAGGACUGUUUGAUUCCUACCUGUGAACUCAGUUAGACGACAACAGAGGAAGGAGUUUUUCCUCAGGGCCUCUACAUUGGGCCUGACAAACACUUUCCUCUUGUUUGAAACAGUGGGAGCAUCAGCAGGCAUUCCAUGCACCAUCAUUUGAGACACAUAUCUGCUAAAGGUAGUGCAGGUGCAUAACAUUAACCACGUCCCUAAACCUGGCCUUCUAAAAGCCACUGGAGAACUGGAGGCACACUUUUUUUUAAAGUUUGUCUUAGGAGGUUCUUAAGAGAUUAUAGCAAACAUACAAACAAACAAACAAAGAAACAGGGAAUCCCUCUACUUUAUCACGAGUUAGUGGGGAAAAAGAGGCAAUAAUGAUAUUAUACUGCAGCUAAGUCAUCACCAGUCUUAGGGUUAGUGCAGUGCAGAUUUAAUGCUUUUGUUGCACAGUACAACAACUACCAACAUCCAGGGAACCUUGGUAACAUUUGAUUUAAACUGAAGAACCAACUAGGCAUUUUAAUCACAGUCAUUAAUUAGCGAGUACAGUAUAACAAUACUAUUUUCUGUUAAAUUAAUGUGUGCAACAUGACACCAUUGCGAGCUAUGCAUCUUUGGAUUUUAAGAUUUUAUAAAGUCUGUACUCGGGAUUGUGUUGUUGUCUUUUUGUAAUCAAGGUGUUUAAAAUGUAGAAAUUUCAAAUGAUGCUCUGGUCCUUUUGUGAAUUACCAAAAAAACAGAAAAUCAGAAAAACAGAAUGAUCCAACUUUAAAUAAGACCCUUGUGAUCAAACAGAAACUCAUCACUGUCCAAAAUCACCAUUUAUUCUAGCGUUAUAUUCUCAUAUGCUGCAUGUAUUUGCAGUCUGCGUCAAUAUAUUGCCCCCAAAUACUGCUGUGCCAAGUUGCCGACAUGUUCUAACCGGUAUGCAUACUGAAAUGUGUACCAUGCAGUUUGUCAAUUUAUGGGUAAAAUCUGUGUAUAACUGGCUCCCUCUAAUGGAAGCACUUGGUUUCUAAAAGACUGUUAAUGAUGGGCAUAAACAAACACUGUCUGGUUUGUAGGCAUCAUUUCUAAACAUCAAUCCAAUCACACUUGAAGCGGUUUUACUGGGCUGAGAUAUAAUAGUCACAUUUUCACACAGAAUGUAACAGUGUAGUGCUUCACUCUUUUAUUUACUGCAAUUUAUGAUGAGGUUCAGUUGUUUACAUCAUGCUGUAAUGUGAUGAUAACACAUGCAUGAUGGCUUCCAAAUGUGGUUACAAUGCCCUGUUAUUGAUUAUGUGCAACACUUCCAAAUACAAUAGCUCUUUACACUCGAUUGGUGCUUCCCUAUUGAAUUAUUUUAUGUGUCACAACUAAUUUGUACAUGACAGAAUUCCGUACAGAAGAAUUUUAUUAUAACAAUAAAUUGAAUAAACAAAACAAUGCUUAGCAUCAUAAAAUCUUUCAGUUUUUCUUCCAAGUGGGAUUAGAAACUAUAAAUCUAAUGUUUUGGAACAGUUUGUGGCAACUAAAUUACACAAACCCCAUUAAAUUUAAAUCUAAACCAUUCUUUAAAUUACAAUACAAAAUGGAUGUGUGCCACACUCACUGUCCCUCUGUAUUAAAUAUUGAAAGCCGAGAUUGAUACACCAAAAAGGUUGCGCCUUGGCUGCAACACUGUGUUUAAAUAUUCCUAAUUAAAUAAGCAUUCGUAUUAAAUGCCACAAGCCAGAAGAAGCCAUUUAUUUUGUCCUGACUAUUUUUUGCUGCUGCAGCAUCAUAUUUAUCCUCUUCAAGUGAGUGGCAUCUUUGAGCAAUGCUAAAAAUGUGAAGGAUGUAAAAUUUCUCUCUAUAACGUAGCAGCAUGCUUCCAGACCACAAAACCUGUCUGGAUGGCUUAAAUGUACGGAAUGCUGCCAGUUUACAUGUACGUUCUGUUAAUAAUACAAAUAGUGUAUAUCUGAUGUAUUAUGUCAGGUCUAGUUUUUUUUUUCAGAUGUGUACUUAAAUAGUUGGUGUUGACGAUUUUUUUUUAUUGUCUUUCAGUUGUUCUACAUUGUCAUGUUUCCUUUCUAAUGCACACCCCUUAAAAAGGAGGAAGAGUUAUUGUUGUUCUCCCUAUUUGAUGUAUUUUUGUCUUUGGUCUGCACUGUUGUAUCCACACUGAUGUGUCCCCCUGAGUGAACUUCACCCAAACUGAGUCCCACUGUGCGACUGAGUUGUGUGUUUGUGAAAGAUGUAAUGUAUUCAAGUGAAAACAGCAGGGUAACAACUCCUAAAGCCAACAUGUGUCCUGUCACAGACAGCAAGGACCUUGCUGGUCUCAGAGUUACGGUCACGCAAGUCUUCCAGAAAGUACCCACAACCUCUCUCUAUCCUACUCUUAUGGACUCUUCUUGGUUUAACUCCAAUCUUCUUGUCUUCCGAAAAACUGACAAUGAAAAAAAAAAAAGAACAAAAUAAAAAAAAGCCAUAAAUAAAAAUGGGCCUUGGCACUGAUUAGCCACAGAGAGAAGGCCUGAAUCCUCAGGCACCUUCUAAGUGUUACCAGGGAUUUAGACACAUGUUGGACUCUUACAAUGAGAGCCAAAGCAAGCGGCAGGAAUGCACUGGCUUUUUAUGACCACUUCGGGAAACAGCAAACAGGAAUAAAGACCAGCAAUAUGCAACGAGAACUACCAGCCUGCACUCAAGGAAGAGGAAAAUAUUCAACAGGCUAACAAACUACAAUCAGGAAUUGCAGGCUACAAAGGCAACCAGUGGUCUGCAAUAAUAACUGCUAAUUGUCUAGACUGACAUGGGAUUUUUUUUGGCAAAGCAUGCAUACGUCACUGUUCUUUGGCUCAUUAGGGAUGACUCCCUCUCAGCAUCUGCAGACACAAGCCCUCAAUUCACCCUCUCUCCAUGUUUGCCAUCAGACCUGUGUACAUUUCUACAAUAACUCCUACAUGAAUUGAAAGGAGAUGUCUUAUUA